AUGGUCAAGCUUGGACUUAGAUCGUGGCCGGUAUGGGUGGGAGUCUGUAGUGUAGUGAUGGGACUUGACGUUGAGGACUCGGAUGAAGAGAUUCAGGAGGUCCUGGAUGAGGAUUAUACGCGGGCGUGUCCGGAUUAUAAAAUGUAUUCUCAGUUUAAUCAGUCAGUGGUCCCUAUCCCCAUUUUCCGGCAACUUGGAAGCUAAUGAGACUCCAGCGAGCCCUUUUCCGAGGGCGAAAUGCAACUACCCUUUCAGCGACCCUCGAAAUACUGUCGGACUUUCACCUCUCCUCUGGUAGAGAAAGUGAUUGAGGAUAUUACGUCGAGGAUGACGGAUAAAUCCAUGGCGAGGCUAUUCGUGAACGCGUUUCCUAAUACUCUCGAUACGACGGUGCGGUGGCAUGUAGAUGGCACUGAAUCCCAAAAACAUACCGAGUUAAAACGAGGCACGAAAGAGGAAGGGAAGUGGGAAGGGCCACAAUCGUUCGUCGUUACUGGGGAUAUUAAUGCCGAGUGGUUACGAGAUUCGACAAACCAGUUACUACAAUACCAACCGCUGGCGAAAAGUGAUAAGAAGAUCUUCAAUCUCAUUCUGGGAGCUAUAAAUACACAAGCGGAAUACGUGAUCGAAUCGCCAUAUUGCAAUGCCUUUCAAGCUCCCCCGGGAUCAAAAAUACCACCUGCCCACAAUGGACAGCAGGACAUGGUUCAUCCCGCCUACGAGCCAACGUUUGUAUUCGAAUGUAAAUACGAAUUGGAUUCUCUGGCCCACUUCUUAGCAAUCGGCAACACCUUUGCAAACAGCACCGGAUCAACUGCAUUCAUGACCAAAAGAUGGUUCCUGGCGCUGGAAACAUUACUCGGAGUCCUGGAUCAACAAUCCCAAUCAACAUUCGACCACACCAGUGGUCGCUAUGAAAAGAACUCCUACACAUUCUCACGCAGGACCGACCAGGGAACCGAAACGCUGUCUCUGAACGGCGUAGGCAACCCCCUCAACUUCGGCACCGGUCUCAUCCGCUCUGCCUUCCGACCCUCAGACGAUGCCUCAAUCCUGGGCUUCUACAUCCCAGCCAAUGCCCAAAUGGCCGUGGAACUCAAACGCACAGCUGACGUCCUACGAGCUGCCAAACAUCUCACCAUGGCCCAGAACUUGGAGAAGCGGAGCCAGGCGAUCACGGAUGGGAUCUGGGAACAUGGAGUGGUGCAGCAUAAGAAGUAUGGAAGGGUUUUUGCUUACGAGGUGGAUGGGUAUGGGAGUCAGAUUAUCAUGGAUGAUGCGAAUGUGCCUUCGUUAUUGGCGUUGCCGAUUCUGGGAUUCGUGGAUAGGACGGAUCCGGUUUAUCAGAAUACGAGGAAGAUGUUGUUAAGGAAGGAUAGCAAUCCUUAUUACUUGGAGGGACGAGCAUUUUCGGGUAUUGGUGGUAUGUUCUUUCUUUCCCUCUCCCUCACUCCCUUUUUGAGCCUCAUUACUCCCACUUUCGUCUUCCUCAUGUAAAACAAGCGAGUACCACUAACUGAUCGAACCAUCCAGGCCCUCACGUAGGACUCGAGCACGCAUGGCCGAUGAGUCUCCUCCUCCAAGCAAUGACCUCCGAAGACGACGAGGAAAUCAAAGAAUGUCUGCACAAGGUCUUGACUGCGAGCAGAUUAGGCCUAAUACACGAGUCUAUCAACGUCAACCGAAUCCGGGACUUCACCCGGAGUUGGUUCGCUUGUAAGUUACCUACCCACCUUCCAAUCUCCUCCAUCACUUCAUCUACCUUCUAUCUUGCAAGAGUGGUAUGAGGAUACUGUUACUAAUGCUAAUGCGUAUAAUAGGGGCGAAUAGCGUCUUCGCGCAGACGAUACUAGAUCUAGCGGCGAGGAAACCGCAUUUAAUCUUCGGGCCUGGGGCGAAACCUUAUGUUGUUGAAUAAAAGUGCCUGUAUUCCUCUCUUCACUUUGUUGCGACGGCGGGUUUUAAUGAUGGGAUUGUUGGAAUUGGAGUUCUGGUUUUUUUUAAUUCUCUCAUGGGGGUUCACAUAGCUGGGAGGGGAGGGGUUUAGCAUACUUGUGGCAGGUUUGGGAGGCCAUUGUAUAAUAUAUAAAAUCUUACGGAACUUUGCGCGAGGGGGGUUUAUGUAAAAUGUGGGAUUUAUUAGAGAACAGUAAUUAACUUGAAGAU